UGCGGAAUCCCUCCCUUUCCUCUUCAUCAUCAUAAUCUUCAUCAUCAUCAUCAUCCGGCCACAUGCUCUGUGUUCCCACUGGUAUAAGGUGCUGAUGGGUCUCCAGAAACUCCAGCUGAUUAAACUCCUCGUGAAACUCCAUCGCCCAGAACUCAACCCUCCCUGUCAAUUUCUAAAGCAUUAGACAAGUCGGUGCAUUAAUAUCAUAUAAUGUCAUAAUUCACUAGCUAGCUACUCCAACAAGCAUUAAGCUGCAUAAACGCAGCAGGAUUCCUUUGGAUCUGAGACCUUAUUUAUAUUGACACCUUGACAUUGCAAUGGCAUCAGAGAACACCAUGGAUGAUGAAGACACCUUCAAGAUUCUCAUUGCUACAGACAUUCACCUGGGGUACCUAGAGAAAGAUGCCAUCAGAGGGAAUGACACCUUUGUGACAUUUGAUGAAAUUCUUAAACAUGCCAAAGAGAACAAAGUGGAUUUUAUUCUGCUGGGGGGUGAUCUUUUUCAUGACAACAAGCCCUCCCGUAGAACAAUGCACAACUGCAUUGAACUGUUCCGGAAGUACUGCAUGGGGGAUCAGCCCAUCACAUUUGAGAUCUUGAGUGACCAGGCUGUUAACUUUGGCAACAGCAAGUUCCCCUGGGUGAACUACCAAGAUGAGAACUUGAACAUCUCUAUUCCUGUGUUUAGUGUACAUGGGAACCACGAUGACCCCACUGGGGCAGAUGGCCUUUGUGCCCUGGACCUCCUGAGCUGUGCUGGACUUGUGAAUCACUUUGGCCGCAGUAGGUCUGUGGAGAAGGUAGAGAUUAGCCCACUUCUGUUGCAAAAAGGGAGCUCCAAGAUCGCUAUGUAUGGAAUUGGCUCCAUACCUGAUGAGAGACUGUACAGAAUGUUUGUCAACAACCAAGUGACCAUGCUACGGCCACGGGAGGAUGAAAGCAACUGGUUCAACCUGUUUGUCAUCCAUCAGAACAGGAGUAAACAUGGAGCCACGAACUACAUCCCAGAGCAGUUCCUGGAUGACUUCCUGGACCUGGUGGUGUGGGGGCAUGAGCAUGAAUGCAGGAUUACCCCUGAGAGGAACGAACAGCAGCUCUUCUAUGUGACGCAGCCUGGCAGCUCCGUGGUGACAUCACUAUCACCGGGGGAGGCUGUCAAAAAGCACAUUGGGCUCCUGCGAGUUAAAGGCAGGAAAAUGAACUUGCAGAAGAUUGCCUUGCAGACCGUCCGGCAGUUCUUCAUCCAGGAUGUGGUGCUGGGGGACCACCCUGACUUUUUCAACCCUGACCACCCCAAUGUCAUGCAGAAGGUGGAGGGCUUCUGCCAGGCAAAGGUUGAGGAGAUGCUGGAGGAGGCUGAGAGGGAGCGUUUGGGGAAUCCAUUGGUGCCUGAGAAACCACUCAUCCGCUUGAGAGUGGACUACAGUGGAGGAUUUGAAGCCUUCAACACCAUGCGGUUCAGCCAGAAGUUUGUGGACCGCCUGGCCAACCCCAAAGAUGUCAUCCACUUCUUCAGGCAUCGAGAAACCAAGAACACAAAAGGUGAGGACAUUGACUUUGAUCUGAUACUGAACCGCACCUCCUCUGACGUGAUGCAGCUGCGAGUGGAGGACUUGGUGAAACAGUACUUUGAAACGGCUGAGAAAAAUGUGCAGCUGUCCCUGCUGACAGAGCAGGGCAUGGGCAAGGCUGUGCAGGAGUUUGUGGAUAAGGAGGAGAGGGAUGCCAUUGAGGAACUCAUUAACUACCAGUUGGAGAAGACCCAACGUUACCUGAUGGACAGGAGUGUGGAGGCGGUGGAAGAGAAGAUUGAUGAAGAGAUCCGUCGUUUCCGGGACUCUAAGAAGAACACAGCAGAAGAGGAUGAGGAAGUUCAGGAGGCCAUUAAUCGUGCAAAAGCCCACCGAGCACAAAACCCAGGAGAGCCAUUCCUGGAUGACGACUUCAGUCCGUCUGAGGAAGCCGAUGUUGCCAUGGAUUCUGAUGACGGCUCUGCUCCACCUCUACCCAGCCGUGGCAGAGGAAGAGGCCGGGCACGAGGUCAGAGUGCAGCCACCAGAGGAGUUUCCAGGAGGGGCAAGGGUGCUGCAGUUUCAUCUCAGUCCAAGCCAUCUGGGAGGGGACGUGCCCAGAAGAUGGUCAGCCCAGUGAAGAGCAAGUCCAUCAUGGAGGCUUUCCAAGGAACCUCACAAAGACCUUCAAAAAGUACGGGGUCUAAGAAUUACACAAAUGAGGUCACCUUUGUUGGUGACUCAGAUGAAGAUGUGUCCAUCACACAACCGUCCAAGCAAGCACAGAGGGUCCCCUCUCUGUCCUCAAGUAGGAAGGGUUCUCAAAGCCAAAGCCAGUCAUAUAAGGGUGUCUGUUAUGAUGAUGACGACGAUGAUGACGAUGAGUUUGAUCCCUUUAAAAGCUCCAGUAGCUCUCGUGGAAGACGUGGAAGAAAAUAAUCUUGACCAACCACUGCUGCUCACACCAUUCUCCAAAUUAGUUUUUGCCCCCAAUGGACUGAUACUCCCAGCAUCCAGUUAGAAGAACACAUUCUUGAAUGAUGUGGUCUGGCACAUAAUUAUGACUGGGUAUAUUCCAGUAUGUGUAAUGAGACUAAUUAAAAACACCAUGUCUAGGGGUACAGUAAAGAUCAUCCUAGGUUUAAGAAUUAUAGAUCUUGUAGUGUGUUAUUGUUCUUUUUUAAAUACAUUUUUACACCCUG